GAUAUACAGAGAUUACUUAAAAGCCCCCAACUUUUUCCAGGCUUCUAUUGCACUUCAGAAAUUCUGCAAGGGAGAAGAGAAAAAAAAAAAAAGAGACUAUCUGAAAAGAAGGAUGUCUGAAACAAUAAACACCAACGAAGGGAAGAAGAAAACUCCUCUGAAUGGGAGAAGAGCCCUCCCACCAAACAACUCCAACGAUGAAGAAAAUGAGGUCCCUGAGAUGGAAGCUUUUGGAUUGAUACCUAGAGGAUUUAAUCCAAAAGAUUACCUGCAUGUUGUGAACGUUUAUAUGUUCAAGGACCCCCACGAGAUUAACAAGCAGCAGCACCACACUGACAAGUACGACAGCCCCAAGCUGAUCGUGCGUCGGGGACAGGCUUUCCAAAUCCAGAUUGACUUCAACCGACCCUACAAGCCAGAGACAGACCAAUUCUGGCUGGAGUAUUUGAUAGGUCGCUACCCACAGCAAAACAAAGGCACCUACAUCCCGAUCCUAGUAGGUGAUGUGCUGAAACCCGGUGAGUGGGGAGCCAAGAUUAUCCACAAGGAGAACAACUCUGUUCGCCUGUCCAUCAUGUCCUCUGCCACCUGCAUCAUUGGGAAGUUUCGCCUGUAUGUUGCUGUCUGGACUCCCUUUGGCAUCCUCCGGACACACAGAAACUCAACAACUGACACUUACAUCCUGUUCAAUCCCUGGUGCCAGCAGGAUGCCGUGUAUCUGGAUGAUGAGAAAGAAAGGGAAGAAUACGUCCUGAAUGAUGUUGGCAUUGUUUUCCAUGGAAACAUCAACGACAUAAAAUUAAGAAGCUGGAGUUACGGUCAGUUUGAAGAAAACAUUCUGGAUGCUUGCCUGUUCCUGAUGGACAAGGCACAACUGGAGCUCUCUGGGCGUGGAAACCCCAUCAAAAUCUGCCGUGUUGCCUCUGCAGUGAUCAACUCCAGGGAUGACGAUGGUGUGAUUGCUGGAUCCUGGGACAACACGUACACUUACGGGGUCGCACCAGCAGCCUGGACAGGAAGCGUGGACAUUCUCUUGGAAUACUACAGUUCUAAGCAACCAGUGCGAUAUGGCCAGUGCUGGGUCUUUGCCGGUGUCUUCAACACGUUUCUGAGGUGCUUGGGGAUACCUGCGAGACUUGUUACCAACUAUUCUUCUGCCCAUGAUAACAAUGCCAAUUUACGGUUGGACUUCUUUCUGGAUGACGAAGGGCAAGUGGACACCAAACUUACAAAAGACUCUGUCUGGAACUAUCAUUGCUGGAAUGAAGCUUGGAUGACCAGACCUGAUCUUCCUGUUGGUUUUGGAGGAUGGCAGGUUGUUGAUGGGACACCCCAAGAAACCAGUGAUGGUAUGUACAGGUGUGGUCCAGCCUCAGUUCAAGCCGUUAAACAUGGUCAUGUUUGCUUCCAAUUUGAUGCUCCUUUUGUCUAUGCUGAGGUGAAUAGUGAUGUUGUUUACUCAAGAAGGGAUAAAAAUGGAACCCAAGUGAUAGAAAAAAUUGACACAACGCAUAUUGGCCAGUUGAUUGUGACGAAGGAAAUUGGGGGUGAUGGAAUGAUGGAGAUUACUGAGGAGUACAAGUUCCAAGAAGGCUCAGAGGAGGAGAGGCUGGCUCUCGAGACUGCUGUGAUGUAUGGCGUUAAAAAGCAAACUACCCAAGAUAGCGUGUAUCAGCCACAGACGGACGUUGACAUGGAUUUCCAAGUGCAAAAAGCAGUCCUUGGCAGUGACUUUAAAGUCACGAUAACUUUCAGGAAUAAAAGUCACAACUACUACACUGCUACUACAUACCUUUCAGGCAACAUAAUUUAUUUCCUCUCAGCCAUGGAAGCCCCAUUCAGAAAACAGUCAGCAAGUGUGGAGGACCUGCUAAGUUUUGAUGUUGCGAUCAAAUCGAGCGAGUACAUGAGUGAGCUGCUGGACCAGGCCUCCUUUCAUUUCUUUGUGACUGCACGGAUCAGUGAAACGGGGAAGAUUCUGGCCAUGCAGAAGGCGACAGUCCUGGAAAUACCCACCCUGAGGAUCAAGACCCGAGGUGAGAUGGUAGCAAAUAAAGAAACGUCUCUGACUGUGGAAUUCACCAAUCCUCUGAAACAAACCCUGGAGAACGUCAUGCUCCGCCUCGAGGGACCCGGCGUGCUGACAACGAUGAAAAAAGAGUUCAGUCAAAUCCCAAAGAACUCUACCUUGACCUGGGAAGUAAAAUGCAUCCCAAAACGACCAGGGUUACGAAAGCUGAUUGCAAGCCUGAAUUGUGAUGCUUUGAGGCAUGUGUAUGGUGAGCUGAACGUCCAGAUUCAGAAACCAUGAACCAAGAUGCUGCCUUCAUCUCUCCUUUACCUAAAUUUCAAAAUAUCACAUUGCGGGGAGUGGGGUGUAGAAAUGUGCUUAUUGUUAUUUUGGUCAUCCUUGUGCUGAACAAAAUUUGAUAAAGACAACUAAUCGGUAAGAUCAGGGAGAACAUGAAAAAGCACCUGGAUAGUGAAUGAUCUGAAAUUAAAUACAUAUAAUUAAAGGCAAUUCUAGGCCCUAUUAUUCCUAUCGUUCACUUGUAUUUACGGUCUUUUGCAUUAGUGCUUCAAGGGAAUCUGAAAAGCUCCAUUCACUAAAGUAGUCUGAACUUUAGUUUUAAUUAAGGCCUGAUAUUUCACUGAAAAGGAAAAAAAAAGAACCCAGUGUUAUAAAUUCUUAGACUGAAUUACACAACCCUAUGGUAAAUCAUUCAGGCUGCAAUAAAAACAGGUAUUUCUAGCUAAAGGGACUGCUUUAUCUUACAGUGUUAUCAUUUUCCAGUUCAUGGAGAGCUUGCUUUCCUGGAAGCAUGUCUCACGAUGUGUUCUCUCCAGAAUAUUCACAGCUCCUUGUUUCCUCUUGCUGCUUCCCCAUGCUUUUUCUCCUACUCUUUCAUGCAUGCAGGCACCCACACAUACAGACUUCUAUAUUUCAUGCCCUCAUCCCUCCCAGUAUGCUAUUGAUAGGCCGUUCUUCUCCUUGCCUGACAAAAAAUCCAGAGUUUUUCAUGCCCCUGCUCAGAGCUGAUCACACCAAACUUGCGUUUACUGGUCACAUCUCUUGUGCAUGGUGUGUUCUCUCUUCAGCCUUUUCCGGCUUUUCUUCUCCUGAACCCACCCUGUCACCCAUUUCCCACGCACGUGUGUGUGUGUCGGGGGGUUCACUGCCCCAAAGCUGCCCAGGCUCUGCCAGCUGAUAAGUGGGGUGAAGGAGAGAGGAGCGGAGGUGGCAGCCUGAGGGUCUUCUCCUGCCAGCCCCACAAGCCUAGCAAAUAUCCUGCCCUGGAGCUGAGGGUGAGUUCAGAUUAAACACCUGGGGAUGAGUUUAGACUAAGCCAUGCCUGAAAGUUCCCGGGAAUCAUGGCUACAGCAGAAUGAAGUACUGUUACAUGAGCAACCCCAGGAAUAUACAGGGGCAGAAGCUCAGCUGGAAAAGGAAUAAAGAUGUAUCCUGAGAGUCAGAAACUCAGAAGCUGGGUCUGCUCUCUGCCUUUCUCGCAGCAUAUUCCUCUGCGAGGUGCAGUGGGGCCUCCCAAAGCAUCGCUCCUCCCCAUAGGACCUUCUGGCCCAGAAGCUGCUCUGAAUCUGUGGUUUCCAUUAGUCUUCCAUGCAAGGUACUGCUCCAUCCUAAGCCACAUACCUUGUUGUUCUAGGGUAGCAGGGGUACGUGUGUGUGUGUGUCUUCAUUUUAUAUCUCCCCUGAGGUUCUUCUCAGGAUCUUUUUGAAGGCAAAGAUGCACGUGCCACAGGCUGCGGCAGCUUCUCUUCACUGGCCACAGUGUCUAAGAGCAUGUCCCAUACUGACAGCAUGAGUGAACUAACUGAGCUUCCAAAGACAUUAAAAGGAGCCUCAUGCUCAAUAAAUGCUGGGGCUUUAUUGUGCUCUGUAUGGCUGUGUCAUUUUGUGGUCCCAUUAGUGAGAAAGCAAGGGAGAUGACUUGUCUUCUGCUCCUCUUCUUGCCACGCACUGCCUCCUGCAAAACCUGUGACCCGCUGUUUGAAAUAAGCAAGUCCUGGGAGAGGAGAAAUGCAGGCUGCUCUUUGACAAAAAGAUGCGGAACAAAGCAAAGUUGCAUGCCACCCCAUACACUCAGUGAGUGCUUCCAGACCCAGAAACACCAGACUUUUGGGGGCUUCCACUUCAGGCAUGGGCACACGCUCAUUUUGUGCAGCUGAUGUGACCACAUAGAAACUCUGCAAUGUCAAAGUCUCCCAAAUAAGUCCUCUGGGGUAUGAGGGACUGAACAGGGUGUCGUAAAUGCAAGGUUACAAUCUCUGUUAAGUAAUUAAGCAGUCAUACCAGAGCCUACAUCAUCUAACAAAAUUAUCCAUUUUUUGCUCUUGCAUAUAAACCUGCUUUCUAUUCCAGACUUUUUAUAACCACAGUGUAAUAAGAAUUUGAAAUAAAGCAUGUCUGAUUGCGCUUGUGUUCUGUAUUUUGAUCAAUCACCUCUAUGUAGUAUCACUAUAGACACCACUUGCU